UCGCAGAUAUUCCAAAACCCCUCUUUAUUUUCUCGUAUACGCUAUCUACUUGAUCAACUCUUCUUCCCUUGUCCGUCUCCCUAUUCCCACCAAAUCUCCUGAGAGAAGCAAUGGCGUAUGUGGAUCACGCGUUUUCUAUCUCCUACGACGACGACCUGAUGGAAACUUCCUACGCCGUCAACAACUGGCCGCCAAUUAAGGAGAUAGCUCUCGCCAUCGCUCUCUUUGUUUUCGGCGCGCUAGGGAUCGUCGUCGGUAUCUUCAUGGCGGUCAAUCAAAUCGGGGGUGAUCGCGCCCAUGGGCUAUUUUUCUCCAUAUUGGGUGGGAUUCUGUUCAUUCCUGGAUUCUACUACACUCGGAUUGCCUAUUAUGCUUACAAGGGAUAUAAAGGUUUCACCUUUUCAAAUAUACCUCAAGUCUAGAGAUGUUUGGAAGCUCAACUACUGUAUACUGUAUAUAUAUACAUGCAUUUUUGCUAUUACCUUCAUACUGUCUCUAUCAUAACUCUUCCAAUGACAAUACAAUUUAAACUUAUCAACUAAUGUAUAUACAUGUUUGAGUAUAGUAUUGCUCUCAA